GGAAAGGAGAAAGAACGGCGCUUCCUCUUACCAACAGUGCUUUCUCUGAUUGGCCUGGUUGCUUCGUGUCACGAGUGGAUUUUUUGAGACUAUGAUUGGCUAAUUGAGUAGUCCCCUGUAUUCGUUUCAGCAUGUCCGAGCGCUCUGUUGUUGCGGGGCCAUUGGGGGCCACAGCUACUCCUCCAACUGGAGGCCCCACCCCUUGCGGUGAUGCGCUGAUUCCUGGCCCCACCCCCGCUGCUGGAGGGCCAGUUCGCAUGAACUUAUACGCGACAUGGGAGACAGACCGAGGAAGUGCGGCCUGCGUACCGAGGCUUUUUUCUCUCACUCUGAGAAAACUCAUUAUGUUCAAAGAUCUGGAUAAAGAUUUAUCAUCCGUUGUGAUUGCAGUCAAGCUUCAGGGAUCUAAGAGAAUUCUACGGUCUAAUGAGAUCUCUCUUCCGGCAAGUGGCGUUUCAGAGACUGAACUGCAGCUGACAUUUUCUCUGCAGUACCCCCACUUCUUGAAACGUGAUGCUAACCGCCUGCAGAUCAUGUUACAAAGACGAAAAAGAUACAAGAACCGAACUAUAUUGGGAUAUAAGAGCCUGGCGGUGGGAGUUAUAAAUAUGGCAGAGGUCCUGCAGUUUCCCAGUGAAAGUGGUCUUGUCUUAUCUCUGCACAGCCAUGUCAAGGAUGUCUCUUUCCCAGUAGCUGAAAUAAAUAUCCACUCGCUGUCCAGUCAGCCAAUUGACCACGAGGGACCUAAAGCCAAACUGUCUGAUCGUUCCCCUGAUAUAGAAAAUUAUUCAGAAGACGAAGAUGAAAGUUUCUCCUCUGAGCAGGAAGGAAGUGAUGAUCCUAUACAUGGACAGGACUUUUACUAUGAUGACGACGAUGUUCGGAAGGUGAAGAAAUCACGAAGGAAAAUACCAGCAUCAUCAGUGAUAACACGACAACCAAAUAUUAAACAGAAGUUCGUGGCCCUCUUGAAAAGAUUCAAAGUCUCAGAAGAGGUUGGAUUUGGUCUGGAUCAUGUGUCUCGGGAUGAGAUUCGUGAGGAAGAUCUUGAUGAUUUAUAUGAUAGCCUUGAGAUGUUCAAUCCCAGCGACAGCUGUCCUGAGUUAGAGGAGAGUGAGAGUGUCUUGAGCACCCCCAAACCUAAGCUCAGACCAUUCUUUGAGGGUGUUUCACAGUCCAGUUCUCAGACAGAAAUUGGAAGUUUGAACAGCAAAGGAAGCCAAGGAAGAGAUAUAAGCAGCCCGGGGGAUGUAACAGCUGAGGUGAAAUCUUCCCGUCGAGAGGAUUCAAUGGACACUGAGAUUCAGGAUGUCUCUCUAGAUAUCUCACAGGAUCUUGACACACUCUCCGAGCCUCUCCUUGAGAAAUCCAAAUCCUUGAAGAGUCCAAGUGUCACUCCUCAAAGCAGGCGCAGUAUACCAACGAAGGAGAAACAUUCCAGCAAAGGACUUGGAGAAAGAGCACAUAGUACAGACAAUGAAAAAACACCCGACGUAGGACAGAGUGGGCAGGUUCCUCGUAAGCUGCUACUUGAACAGUUAAAUCAGAACCUUUCGGAUCCAUCUCUGCCAGAAACAAUCAUCAUUGUGCAGACGUCCGAUUGGCAAGGACAGUUUGUCUCAAGUCUUUUUCAACUGCAGCAUAAACCUUGUGUGUGCAUAACCUGCUCAUCCGAUGUACAGUGUGCGCUUACUGCAAUACUUACCCAUAUACAGAGACAUUGUCAUACAGCACCUGGACCUCCAAGACCAUUGAAAGUUGUAUGUGUUGGGGGUCAUAGUUUCCUUAGUUUCCUGCUCAGUGCCUAUGUUACAAACUUGGCUGGAAGAGCCUCUGAUUGGCUUGGCUACUUAAGAUUCUUAUUGGUUCCACUGGGGUCUCAUCCUGUAUGUAAAUACCUAUCUUCACUGGAUCAACGCUAUGCUUCUCUUUUCUUUGAUAUUUCAUGGCGGGAUUUGUUCAGCAAAACCGAGGCUCCUGCAACAGAGCCCUCCUUUGAUAUUAUUGGCCGAAUAAUGCAAUAUGUGGGUGGAGCCAAUACAUCCCUCCAGCUACCAAUUGCAGAAGCCAUGCUGACCUGCAAACAUAAACUUCAGGAGGAUGAUUCAUAUCAAAAAUUCAUCCCUUUCAUUGGCGUGGUAAAAGUGGGACUAGUGGAGGCGUCUCCUCCAAACACUGACUUUUUCGCAGAUGCAGAGGAUUCAACCUCUUUGUGUCUUGGUCUUCCUUCUACUUCUCCUCCUUCUUCUUCUGGGCUUCCUAGAGAUGGGUCGGCAACACCUCCCUCAUCUCCUUCACUGGGAGCUGGUCUGCAAGGAAAUACUGGCACUGCUCCAGAUGCUCUUGGACUGCAGGUUGACUAUUGGCUGAGUUGUGACCGUCGUAGAGAGAGAGAAGGGGGUGGGAAAAAUACGCUGCGCAGUGUCUUCCGCUCUGUGGUUGUAUCACGCCUUCCAGGACCAGACACUCCACCAGGAAGUAUGAGCUUAAGCGUAGUAACUACAGAGCAACGAAACAAGAAAGUGCCAACACUUUUCCUUAAAAAGCCAAAGGAAAAAGAAACAGAUGCCAAAAGCCAAAUCAUUGAAGGAAUAACAAGAUUAAUCUGUUCAGCUAGACAGCAGCAAACCAUGUUGAGAGUUACAGUUGAUGGACGUCUUUUCGGGGAUGUGAAGUUUUUCCAGGUUGCCUCCCAAUGGCCUACUCACGUCAAAUAUUUUUCUGUUGGCAUUUUCAGCUUACCAGGGAAACCUUGAUAUACAUUGUACAUGGAUAGAACAACACGUAUCUUACACUUACUCCCUAAACAAAUGUUUGAGCUAAGUAAAGAUCAUGAGCCAAAUAAUGUUCCUUAUCACACACUGU